CUCUUGUUUGUUUGCAAUUUGUCGGUUACAAUUUGCAGUGCACGAAGUUGAUUUAAAUUAGGUAACUGGCAUAAAAUAAAACUGACGGAAAUCGUUUUGUUAAUGCACCAGUGGAUUCAGUGCACAGUGAGUAAAAACUUUUUGUUUUAAUUGUGAAAAUGGACGCAUUUACAGAGAACAUACUUGCAAGAGCAAGGGAGAGACAAAAAAUGUUGGAGGGAUACUCUAACAACGACAAAACACCUUUUCGCGAAAGCAAUAAAGAAAUAAAAACUACAAGUCGUUCUGAACCGAAUUUAAGAAGCGUGAAAUGCACAAACCGUAAAGAAAUCGUUUCUGACUCUGUUUUGGAUACGGCAACCGACAUACGCGAAAAAAUUAGAGAGAAUAAAAUUGAAACUAGUACAGCUAAAUUUACGAGGCAAAACUCAACUACUAGGGUGUCUUCGGAUAUACCCGGCUCGCCUCAGUCACAGUUGAAGACUUUAAACAUUCAAAAAGAAAAUUUUAACAUGGAAAUUAAACUUACGGCCACGGAAAAUGUUAGAGUGGAGGUAGAGAUCGAAGAAAAGGAUGACAGCGAUACAGGAAGUACCGUCAGCGACGGCGGUUUGAGGGACGAAUCGAAAAGUAAAUUGAAACGAUUAGGAAAAUUAUAUGCAGGUGGAGACGAUGCUGAUAUUUCUUCCCCGAUUCAUAAAACAGAAGCCAAGUUUUACGAAAGAGAAUACAAAGAGGAGCGUAACAUGAAAAGCGAUAAAGACUUGGCCAAAAGUGCAUCGAAAUCUAGGAAAGGAUUGAGUAAGCUAGCAGAUUUGGCGCAGACUAUAAAUGAAUGGGAGGACGAUGUCCAUCAAAAUCGCACUGCUGUCGAGAAGAAACAACCGUCAACACCCAGAAAAACAUGGAAACCCCCCGCCCCUCAGCCACCCAACGCUUCAUCCCCUCCAAAACCCAAUCCCUCAAAACCUUCCCAGAAACCCAAGGCACCCGAUCCUCCGGUAGUUACAAAAGACACAAGUGUCAAAAGGAUGGUAGAAGAGCGAGGAAAUAUCACGGGGAGCCCAAAUAAAUCUUCCGGCAGUCCCCAGAAGCUUGCGAACGUGACGGAAGUGAAGGAAGCCGUCCCCAAACACAUCAAGUGGGAUCAAAAUGUCUUGGACACCCUGGAAUCACAAGGCUUUACUCGCACAUCUUCCAGUUCGCGGUUAGUAUAUUCGUAUAAUUCGCAGGAGCAGCGCUCGAAAGCUGAAGUGAGAACGGCUCAAACUACCCAAAUCUCAAGAAGCCAAGAGGAAAUAAAACCCGACACGAUUAUAGAAGAAGAGGAAUUCAAUGAAAACAAAAUAAUGAUGGAAAACAACAGGCAGUCACCGGUUAAGGACGUCCCGACAAAGAACCAAAAAGUAAAUGUAUCUUGUCCGAGCUCUCCGCAAAAAUUCUACGCAAACAAUCAACCCGCCUGCCCGAGGUCUCCGUCCAAAGCGAACGUCCGAGCCCCCCAAAUCGCCAACAAGGCAGCAAUGUUCGAAUCGAGCCCCAGUAAAGCAAAGGAUCCCGCGUUAUUGUCCGUUUCGGAACGUAAAGCUCUGUUCGAGAAGAACAGGGGCAACGCCUUGGUUCCGAAAGCUCCCAUCGGGAUGUCCGCGCCCGUUAAGGUGGAGACGACGAUGAAAGCCAGCAGCACGAAAAUCAUAACGGACGAAAAUGUGAAACCGAGUUCGAUACUAAGCAAAGAUAAACAGAGCUCGGUUGCGAAUAAAAAGAUUCCCGUGCCCCCGAAGUCCACGGCGGUGAUUAGAAUGGAGGAGAAGACCCCGUCUAAGGCCGGAAAGUGUGCCGCCCCGCGACCUGCAGGUAGCUCUCCAACGAUCGCGGCGAUACACCAGGAGGGCGGAAUAGCAAGCAAAAUGGCUGCGUUGUUGGAGAACAAGAACAAGUCGACGAUCUCGCAGGAGCAGAUCGAGAGCAGCAUCAAAGAGCAACGGCAGAAGGAGAUGGACAUGUUACUUAACCGUUUCCAGAAGAACAAAGAGGUAAUCAAAGAAGCCAUAGAGGAGGAUUCCGAUGAAGAAAUCGACGCUACAGAAGAGACGGCCAUGAUCCAUGGAAAAUCCGCCACGAUCGUUGGCGAAACUACAAGACCCGGAGAGAAGAGGAAGAGCGGGGGAAAACGACACAGUAAAGGGGACAGCCCGGUGGUAACUUCAGUACUGGAGGAAGUCAAAAGGAUCAAGGUGUCGCCGCCCAAACCCGGGAAGUUGUACCCUAACCUUUCCGACAUCGAAACCGCCACCGAAACCGAGGCGGAGAACCACACCAGAAGCCCAUCACCGGACAGCAAUAGCAGUUCCGAAGAGAAUUACGAAUCGGACGAUCCUAACACUAGUUUCGGUCGGGAAAUUUUGCAAGCCGUGUGCAGCAACCAAACGCCCCAAAAAAGGCCGAUUUAUGACGAGAGCACUGCCAGCGACGUUUCCAGCAUCCUGGACGACAUGGAUAAUUAUUUGGCCGAAGCCAGCGACGAGGACAACAGCACAGGUCCCACGCCCCCCAAGCAAGGCCGGCACGUUUCACCCCAAAUAUCGGCGAAGCCCUCCAACUCGUUCAACUACAAGAGUUACUCGCCCAACGUCGCCACGUCGAAAAACAAAUUCCAGUCGCCCGUCAAGAUAAUCACGUCGCCGAAAAGACAGGCGGAGCUGCCCACACACAUCAUGGAGGGCGAUAACGUGCUGCCGCUGACCCACACCGUUAGCUUUUAUCGCAGGCAACAGAAUCAGGUUCAGACGCCCGUUCGACAAGUAUCUCGCCAGCCGCUCAUCGAGGAGUCCCCGCAAGAAGCCUCGGAAGACGAGGAGGCCGUACAGAAGAAACUGUUCGAGCUGCAAGGGGAAGUGAACAGGCAGCAAAAUAUUAUCUCCCAAACUAGCCAGGCGUUGAACCUGUGCAGCGCCACGUUGGAAUUUUCGGGAUCGACGGAGCAAGUCGAGGCGGAACGAGUUUUACUCGUAGCCACUCACAGGAGACAGGCCGCGCUGCAUGAACUUCAGAGGUUGAGGGUCGAGAAGACAGUACGGCCUCAAAGUCAUCACGCGCAAAACCUUCCCUUGGAAAAGGGAACUCUGACGAUAUCCAACAUCGUCUUGCCUUUGAAGCAGAAAUACGUCAAAGCCCUGGCCGCAGCUGGCGGUAAAGGGCACCACGUCGUGUGCCUUAUCAAGUGCGGCGAGCAAGUAGUCCCGACGAAGUUGGUGUCCACGGUCGUGACAAACGCCAAAAAUCCAGACGUAGAUCUGUACGUUCCCGGUAACGUUACGCUGAAUAACAUUUACAGCGACUUUACCGUUACGUUUGAGGUGUACUGUCUCCAGGCGCAAGAGGAGUUUUUGCCGCACGAGAUCAAGUAUCACAUCAGCAACAAAAAGUCCGGCACAAAACUGACCACGCCGAAAAAAUCGAAACAGGACUCCAAGAUGGUGAUGCCCAUAAAGGAGUCCCCGGCGGGGCCUCAAGCUGUGCGAACUUCCUCGUUUGCGCUUAUGGGUUACGUUGUGUUCUCUGUGCAAGCCGUCAAUAAGAAAGUUUUCAGUUUGAAUAACACGCCGUCGAUGAGCCCGCUCGACGGCAGCGUCGAGAUGCGCAUCAGCUGCGAACUGGCCGUUUCCGUCGAACACAGGGGCUUCCUGACCAUGUUCGAGGACGUAUCAGGGUUCGGGGCGUGGCACCGCAGGUGGUGUUUGCUGAAAGGUCACACUUUAAGCUACUGGAAGUACCCCGACGACGAGAGGAAGAUGGCACCGAUAGACACGGUCGACUUGAGGAAUUGCAUCACGAAGCAUGCGGGUCCCGUUAGCAGAGAUAUUUGUGCCCGGUUGCACACCUUCCUUCUGGAGAGGGAAAGGCCCGCCCAAUCGCAAGACAAGGAUACUCUGGUGACGGUGUGCAAAGGAGACAAAACUAUUAUUAGGCAUUUGUUGUCGGCAGACACGAAAGAAGAGAGGAUAGAAUGGUGUAACAAGUUUAACGCGGCCCUGACGGCAUUGCGGAUGUGGGGCAACGCGCAGCAAUAAUCACCGUUCACUUUAUAUAUUUUAUUAACUAAUAUAUAUCUAACUGCUUAAUUACAUAUUCUUAUGCAACUUUUUUAUGUAUGUGAAAAUUAGAAUUUACGUUUCAAAUUAAUUAUAUCGAGGUGCCAUUCGUCUGACGAAAAUUGAUACGUUCAUUCUCGUUUUUAUCAGUAGAUGUUUUUUAACAGUUUUUAUAUGUUUGUGAUUAACAUCGA